CUGCGGCAAAGCAAUUGGACAUUUCUUCAGUCUGUCAUGGUGUCAGUGACACCCACCUCUUCAUCCACGCUGACUGAAAUCAGGAGAUCUUCCAAUAUAUAUAUAUAAAUAAAACUGACAUGGCUGUAACAACUGAUCACAUCCGGGCCAAACUAACCAAGGAGCUCGGGGCAGUGCACGUGGAUGUGGAGGAUACAUCACCGAACAGAUGUGCAGCCAGCUUCAAAGCCCUGGUGGUGUCAUCUCAGUUCGAGGGCAAACCACUGUUACAGAGACACAGGAUGGUGAAUACGUGCCUAGCGGAGGAGCUAAAAGAGAUCCACGCUUUUGAACAGAAGACCCUCACACCAGAACAGUGGGAGAAGCAGAAGUCCCAAUGACACACACACACACACCAUCACCCUCACAUCAGUUUAUAAUGUCCACUAUAAACAGGCCUUAUACUCUUACAUGAAGAAAAGACAGAUGAGUACACUCUUUCAUCUUCUGUGAAUCUGGAAUGUGGAUUUCAAUCAAUUGGAAAGUUCUGCAAUAAAAGACUUUGAUGUGA